UUCAUCGUCUACUUCUUCUUCUUCACCAACACUUUCGUUCUCCAGGAAAAUUUUAUUAUUAUUAUUCAGUCCCGAGUCCAAAAUUAGGGUUGGUGAUUUGCUUCUUCUGUUCAGAGUGUGAAGACGAUUUAGGAGCUUUGAGAAUUGAAGUACUUGUGUUCACUAACAAUGGUUGGUUCUGCUAUUGUUAUUUACUUGUCUGCUAUACUGGGUUGCGACGGACCAAAUCCGUGUCACAAAUGUGAUUGGAAAUGCGAGAAUGAGAAUAUUUGCGGGAAUAUGUACCGUUGCAAACUAACUGGGUUGAGUCACGUCUGUGACAAGAACUGCAACCAAAGGAUUUUGUAUGAUAACAAUAACUCUUUGUGCCGAGCUAGUGGCCUGAUAUUCCCGCUUUCUUCCGCUGAGGAGCAGGCGGUUAAAGGAGUUCGGAGGAAGCUUGAUGAUGAGAGUCAUGAACCUUCUGAAAGCUGCGUUAAGCGUCGUCGGCGUGAUGCGCAGUUUCGUCCUUCUCCUUUCGAGAGGUCUUUUGCUGCUGUGAGCCCAAUCUGCAGCCAAGUUGGAGAUGGAAUGGAGAUGAACUAGAUCUUUGUUGGUCUUUUUCUAUCUUUGUGAGAGGCUUAUAUUUUAUCUCACCUAGAAUAACUUCCUUUCUUUUUCGUUUCGGACAACUAUGGAAUAAGGGAUAAUAUUCAUGUGCUCGUCCAGAGAGACUAGGCCUAGCUCUUUGUUUGAAGAAGCACUUUAUCUUAGUAUUGUUGAACUCUAUGUAGUAGUAUUUUAACGUAGGAGAGACUUCAUAAUUCUGCUACUCUGUUCUUGUUUUCAUAUUAUUAGGUGAAGUAGAAUAACACGCUUUUUCACAUUUGCUUCAUCUUUCUAGUGCUAUUUGAUAUUCUCCUUGCGCAUGUUUAGUUUGUCCUUGCAGUGUCGAAGCAGCAUUUGUUUAGCUUUGUAUCUUUUCUUGGUUAGCCUCAACUGGAACAAGAUACCAUUGUUGAUUCCUGUAAGUUUUUUGCGACAGGGUUUUGGUCACAAUGCUGAAUAAGUCAGUGUAUGUUUCUACCAGGUUCUUCAAGACAAAUAUAUUUUCUGGUUUGUCAUCCUGUAGAAUAUUCCCCUUCAUCCUCUCAAUGAAGAAAUGAUUGUAACCUAUACUUUGUUCAAAAUCGGCUUCCUUCCUUUCCCUGAUGAUGAGCACUGGAACUCCUGAAAAAGUUUUUCUUUUUGUGCAGGUUUCACAAUCUUGCUAUGCAGGAGAGUUUAAUUGCCAUUAUUCUCUGUACAAUGAUUUGACUGUUAUGUUUCUCAUUUUUUCAGUGUUUGAGGAGUAAGUCUAACAUUUGGAAGCUUAAACCUUUAUUUGUAGGUCCAUCUUUGCUUGCGGUUAUUGGUUAAGUGAUGAUCAAGACAGAAGAAGAGGGUGGUAGUCAACCCGCGGACGAAAUGAUACCCAACGAGAAACAAACGUAGCAUAUUACAUGGUACAAUCUUUCUCAGACAUAAGAUUGCUGAUGAAGACAACUAAGUAUCUGAUAUCUUUACAUCAGUGGGACUGUGUGAAAGGAGAGAUAUUUCACUUUGAUGCUUCUUCUCAUCUUUUUCGCUUAAUGUCAUUUCCAAUUCCCCUUCAAUAGUUGGUGCUCUUCUUUGCAUUCCACUAACGAUGAUACUGGUUAGAGUGAACCGAGCUGCCACCGGAUCAUAAUCAGAAUCAAAACAGCAAUGUGUGGCUCCCCAAAACCAGCAUCAAGAUCCGAACCUAGGACCUUAAGAAUAUUUAUGGUGAAUCAUCAUCUAUCUUAUCUAUAAAUCUACAGAGUCCUUCAUCCACCUUCAGUGCUCUUGUUUUUAUUGUAACCACUAAGCUCAUCUAUUGAAACAAUAUAGAGUUUGGUUGAUAUAUGCAAACAAAUCAAAUUUCUAA